AAAAUUUUCGAAAAAAAAAAGAAAAACCCAAAGCCCCCAAAUCCAAGCCGCCGCCGCCGCCGCCCGCCCGCUUCCGCGCUUCAGCUUUUUCGGAGUGACCGCACGGUCGCCACUCGCUCCUUCCUCCCGCACGGCCGCUCCGCCGCCACUCGCCUCGCCCUCACCUCCCGCACCGCCGCCAGCACGCAGUUGUAGGGAGCGGGUCCAAAUCGAUCCCCGAGGUCAGGAUCAGUGUCCCGCCUCCCGUACUUCCCAUGGACGCCGACGACGGUAGCCGUGCCACCCCGCCACUGGACGCCACGGCCGCCGCCUUCAAGUCUCAAGUCAUGGAGCUGCAGGACCUCGUCCUCGCACGCAGCAUGUUCCCGGCCACGGCGCUGCCCGAACUCGGCAACGUGGACGCGCUGGUGACUGCGAUGGAGACGCAGGUGCAAAACAUCCGCCUCCGUCUUCAGGAGGAGCUUGGUGCCAUCCCCAAGGCCAAGGGAGUACUUUAUUGCAUCCAUAUGCAGAAGCUAGUCCAGCGUCUCUUGAAGCAGGAAGAGAAGCUGCAGCACAUGCUUGCGAACUUACCUUCCGGAAUGCGCAAGGAUGCUUUUGCUACUCAGCUUGAACAGAGCACAUCAAAGAUGCUGCCUCAUUUUGACUCUUAUUUUACUGAAGCUAAUGAAUGUGAUGUGAAGAUUAAGGAUGAGCCAGUUGCAGCUCCUAGGAAGGGAAGAGCACCUGCACCUCGUUGGUAUAUCUCAACCGAGGAGCUUGAUUCGCUCUCAUCGUACAUGAGGGGAAGACUGACUUUGGAAAAGGUUAAUAUCGCAAUAAAUGAAGUGGCUUCAUAUGCAGAGGCCAAUGCUCAUCUUGUUACAUGCCCUAAGAGAAAGUUGUCAGAAGACACAUGGGAUAAAGCUUUGGAACUAAGGGACAUUGCAGCAAAAGAAGCAGUAAAGGGCAACCAUUUCUUCCUGGAAGCAGAUAUCAAAGGACCUGGUCUAAAACUUGACCAUACUGGCAAAGCUAUUCUUACUGUCCUUCGCCAUCUUGGGCGCUUCCAGGAAGUUCGGAUUGGGCACCAUCGGGUCUUUAUACUCUCAAAGCAGGCCUGAAGAUAUUUCGUUUGAUUUGAGUUGGUGCACAUUCUGUAAUCCGGUAGCCUCCAAACCGUAAUAUUGCAAAAUGCAUCUCACAUGUGCUUACUUGAUUCAGAAGAUGUCUGUGCUUUCAUCAGUGAUCUGCUUGGCGGUGUGUUUUCAUUUGUACCGGGGUUAUAUUAGGCCAAAGUUCCCAUGGGAUGUAUAUGUGCGGUUGCAAGCUUAUCCAUGCCGUGCAAGCUCUAAUUUCCUGAAUGAGUAAUGUGAGAGCAUGCUGUAAUUUCAGCCUUUUUUUUUUCUUUUUUUGGAGCUGUGUGCAGAGAUACCUGGACGAGCGUGAUGUUUCAUAGAAUAGCUAGUGUUGCAGAUUGCAGAGCAUCAAGUUCUUGAUUGCCUGAGCUACCUACAUAGUUAUGGUAAUCUUUGUU